CUUCAGAGCAGAUGGAGUCGGGGGUUCACGUAGUGUGCAGCUGGAAACAUGUAUGACGGGCAUGUUUUGAGUAGAAAAAUCUGAGCUGGUCGGGAAUUGGCUGGUAAAGGGGGCAAAAAACGCGAGGUCAGAGGUCACAGCAGAAUGGUGCACCACAAGAAGAACUGCACGAUGGCUGCCUGUUUCUACGCUCCGCUUCUCCUAAGUCUUUGCGCAGGGGCUAUUGGUGUGCCUACAGUAAUCCAGACCACAGAGCUUUGCCAUGGUGUUAGUUAUGGGCCGCUGGGCUGUUUCACAAGGGAUUACCCAUUUAACAACACCCUUGAGCUACCCCAGUUACCAGAAUUCAUCAACACUUCAUUCCACCUCUUCACGAGACGCAAUCCUUACAACCCUCAAUCUCUCAGUACACUAGAUAGCAUGAGAAGUGUUGGAGGCUCAAAUAUGAAUCCCAGCCAGCCUACUAAAGUUUUGAUUCAUGGAUUCUUGCAAAACUACCGGAGUCCCUGGAUUAUAGAAAUGACACAUGAACUGCUUGCACAAGAGGAUGUCAAUGUCAUAGCAGUUGAUUGGGGUGCUGGGGCGGGGUUCCCUUAUACACAAGCUGCAGCCAAUGUCCGAGUUGUUGGAGCUGAGGUCAAGCAUCUGAUCUCUAAGCUUGUGGUAGAGAAAGGUACCUCACCUCGGAAUUUUCAUGUCAUUGGGCACAGCCUGGGUUCUCAUGCUGCUGGACAGGCUGGCCGACUCCUGGCUGGGAGUCUGGGCAGGAUUUCUGGGCUAGAUCCAGCAGAUCCCAACUUUACAGACAUGCCACCAGAGGUGCGUCUGGAUCCAACAGAUGCUCGGUGGGUGGACGUCAUCCACACUGAUGGGUCUCCUUACACUGUAUAUGGAGGUUAUGGCACAAUGCAGCCUAUGGGCCACAUUGACUUUUUUCCUAAUGGAGGCAAGGAGCAACCUGGGUGUCAUGAAGACCAUUCUAUGUACAACUUCCUGGAGGAUGCUUACAGACAGGGCAUGACUAAUGCCGAGUACUCGAUGACGUGUAGCCACGAUCGGGCAAUCCUGCUUUUCAUUGAAUCCAUCAAUUCUCCAUGCCCGUUCACUUCCUAUCCUUGUGCCAGCGAGGAAGACUUCAAGGCUGGGCAAUGCUUACAAUGUGGGAACCGGCCUUGUCCAUCAAUGGGUUACAAUGCCAACCGGUACAAGCAGCAGGGCUCUUUUUAUCUCAGUACAUAUCCCAUUCCUCAAUACUGUGGUUUUCACUAUCUAGUGAGGGUACAGGUGGGAGAGGGAUCAUCCCAACUUACAGGGUCUCUACAUGCAACCAUUGGUGGUGAGCAUGGCCUUACUCCCGACCUCACAAUAUACAGUGGACAAAUGAGAGCAGGGGAACUUGGUGACGUGGUGCUGGCUCCAAUUGAUGUGGGUUACAUCAGGAACAUUACACUGACCUUACAGCUCAACACUGGCUUCUUAGGCUGGCUAUCGUCAAGGUCCAUUGAAGUUGAGAGCAUCAUGGUAGAGAGAAUACAGAACCGUAACACGGUGUACUUCUGUCCUUCAACGAAGACGCUAGUUCCUAGAGUGCCACUUCAAUUGAGUGGCCCAAGCACCACCACUUUGUGCCACUCGUGAUGACCCUAAUUGCCUCCGCAGACUCUUCAGACAAAAGCUUGGUAUGUUCUGUGACUGCUACUAAGGGUGCUGCAGCCUAGAAAUACUUUGCAUCAGCUGCCUGUUGCUUAGUUGUCUUUUUAUCAAUUGCCUCAUGGGCAGUUCUGAGAGUUGGCUCCGACGUGCCCCUUCUUUGGAUGUGAAGUACACUUCAUAUAUUCUUUCACUUUUAUGUGUGCACUGAGGCAUUUAAAUUUAUUUUGAUGUGUGCACUAAGACAUUUAAAGUUAUUAGUAUUAAACAGCCUUGCCUUGCAAUGUGUUAUAUUUAAAGUUUAAUUGUCUGUUUGCGAAUGUUAUUCUCUUGCACUGUGACAAUUGUAAUCAAUGAUAAUAACCCACUUGUCCUUCUAUGUAAAACUCUCUUCUCACUCAGUUUAUAUACAUACAUUCAUGCAUGUGCAAGUGUUUAUAUAUCUACAGAUAUAUAUGUCCUUUUUCUACAUACAUGCCCCACACAAGCAUGCAAAAAUAUGAACUAUAAAAGUUUGCAAUAUAUUAAUAAUUUUAAUUCAUUUACAGCAUGACCAUCUACAUUAAAUAUACAUUGUAAAUGUACAGAUUGAAAUCAUUACACCAUUCAAAAUACAGACGUACACAUCGUUUCCAGCACAUCACCAUGUACUAAGCUGCUGAAUAUGACCACAUUCCAGCUUCUGAUCACAUCCCUUGAAGCAUUCAUCAAAAUCAACACAAAUCCUUCACCUCUCUUCCUCCUCUAGCUCACAGGCAGUAGAGAAAACUAUGCGGUAGAUUCAACUAUGUCAUAAGUUACUGGGAAUAGCCUCAGUGUCUACAGCACUAAUGUAAGUUUUGAAAAAAAAGGCCAGAGACAGCAAUUGAAACUAAUAGCUUUUUUUAAAAACUGUAGUCUUAAAAAUAUAAGGACAACAAGGAUGCAUAGUAUGCCACCACCUGUACACUAAAUAUUUUGUUUAGAAACAUUAGUGGCAGACAUACCUACAGCUAAAUUUGCAUACAAAAUUCUAGUUGUUGGCUGCAAGGCUCACAGCAAGAUGUGCAGACAGCUGCUUCCAGAUAGCUUACAAGAAAAACACAGGAUUCACCCAGUAAUUAGCAAACUUAAUGUUUAAUUCUAACAAUUCUUUCCUCCUUAUCUAAAGAGCCAUUUAGGACAAGCAAAAAUGAAUCAAAAUGACUCUCAUCCCGAUCAAGACACUAAAUGCUAUUUUCAAAUAAUAAUAAUAAUGAAAACAUUAAAAAUGAUUAUUCUUACUGGAGCAUUAUCAGCUGUACUGUCAGCAAACCAGCAGUAGGUAUUGGUGAUAGGGGCUAGCUGUUUCUGUAUGGUGUGUGUGUGUCAUUGAUUUCUUUAGUAUUUCUCUGGUGCAUGCAGUUAAAAAUCUAGUGCCUGAACACCUGCUACAUAUACAGAAAACCCACAGAAAAAAAUUCACUAUAUGUUAUGAUUUAUAUAUUUCUCUUCCAAAUGCUAAUAACGUUAAGAUGUGUAAUAAUUUUCACUUUGACAGAAAACACAAUGGUUAAUUUACGACGUCGCUAGGGAUGCAUCAAAACACAGGACCUAUAAAAUUUUCAUGAGAUACUGCAUGCGUGUAAGCCAGUCAUUCAUAGCUAAGAAACUUAAUUCAAUGUUGCAGUAAAAAAUAAAACUGUACAGAAUAAUUCACCUGAAUCAAAUUUUACUUAAAUAUUAAACACUGUAAACAUUGAUAUGAUAGCACAUACAGUACCUUGAGAUAUGUUUGAACUAAUUUUCUAAACCAAGCCAUUAUCCUCAAAAGUCUGAUUCCCAAGAACAGUUACCCUGACAAAAUGCAUAUAAAACAGUGGGUGUCUUAUCAUUUUCCUCACCAAGGUAUGAAAUAGCAUAUGUUACAGGACUUUUAACUUGUGUCAUACACCUUUUCCUUCAUCUCUUAUUUGGCAUUAGUAGGUAUUGAAAAAUUUGAGGUAUGUCUAGGUAGCAGCCAAGUUCAUGGACUGAGAGUAAGUAUAACAGGUAGUGUGUAACUUAUGUUUUAGAAAACUGUGUGUGUGUGUAACUGUCGUAUAAGCAACAUAUCAUCAAAGAUAAUCAGAAAAUAAUAAAUAUUAGUUAAUAGACAGCCAAGUUUUAUUUCAAAUAAAAUGUUUCAAACUGCUGUUCUGAAUUGGCUGAUUUUCAAAAGCAUGUUCUAACAUGCUCGCCACUGUU